CACUGGUGUAUGAAUAAUGGACUCCCUGGAUCAUAUGCUCACUGAUCCAUUGGAACUGGGGCCAACUGGGGAAGGAAAUGGCACCCAAAUUAUGGAGGAUUGCAUGCUGGGAUCCAUACGCAUUAGCCUUCCUGAAGAUCUUUUGGAAGAUCCUGAGAUCUUUUUUGAAGUUGUCAGUCUUUCAACCUGGCAGAACGUGUUGGUGGAUUCACAGCGAGAACAUUUAAAAAAGUUUUUGCCCCGCUUCCCGGAAAACAAUCACGAAUACCAGAACAAUCUUAUCCUGUCCCUAUUUAAUGGAGAGAACUUCCGAUUUGGAAACCCACUUCAUAUUGCCCAAAAACUCUUCCGAGAUGGACAUUUCAAUCCCGAAGUGGUGAAGUACAGACAGCUUUGCUUCAAGUCCCAGUAUAAGCGCUACCUCAGUUCCCAGCAGCAGUAUUUUUAUCGAUUGCUGAAACAGAUUCUCGCCUCCCGGAAUCAUCUGUUAGAACUCGCUAGGAAGGGGGGAUCGGAUCUGGCCGUGAAGAGAAAAUACUCGGCAGCUGCUUACGCUGCUGAAGAACGAGAUAGGCGAACACAUCGGCGAUACCUUAAAAUCCUCAGGGAAGUUAAAGAAGAAUGUGGGGACACCACCCUAUCCUCAGAUGAAGAAGAUUUGAGUUCCUGGAUUCCAGCCUCUCCAGCCCAUUGUUCAAGUCCUGCUGUUCCUCUCAGAGUGAUACCCACAUUAUCAACCCAAGACAUGAAAACAGCAGAUAAACUGGAUUUCGGUGAGAAUAGCUUGAAGAUGAUGCUGAAGACACACCAUGAAAAGCGCAAGCGGCAGCCAAAUCACCCUGAUUUGAUGACAGGCGACCUGACUCUGAAUGACAUCAUGACACGUGUGAAUGCUGGCAGGAAGGGAUCUUUGGCAGCCUUGUUUGACCUCGCUGUCCUCAAAAAGAAGGUGAAGGAAAAGGAGGAGAAAAAGAAAAAGAAGCUAAAAGUGAUUAAAUCUGAGGCUGAAGAUUUCUCUGAAUCUCUUGGCAACUCAGAAGGGAUCCAUCCUGUUUCUCAAAAUCCCUCCCCCAUUCCUCCCCUGUGGGAUCCCCCAUCCCUCUCAUCUGUUAAAGAAGAGCCUCUUGAAGACAUCAAGCCAUGUCUUGGAGUGAAUGAAAUCUCUUCCAGCUUCUUUUCUCUGCUUCUCGAGAUCUUGUUGUUAGAGGGUCCUGCUAGUCUCUCAAUGCUUGAAGAUAAAGUGAUGGACUGGCAGUCUUCUCCUGCCAGCACAUUAAACAGCUGGUUCUCCUUUGCCCCCAACUGGUCAGAACUGGUUUUACCUGCCUUGCAAUAUCUCACUGGAGUCAGCAGAGAUGCUUCUUCCAGCUUUUCUCCUUUCGUUGAAUUCAAGGAAAAAACUCAACAUUGGAAACUGAUAGGUUCUUCCCAAGACCAUGAGAAGGAGCUAGCAGCUCUCUUCCAACUUUGGCUGGAGACGAAAGACCAAGCUUUCUUCAAGGACAACGAAGAUAGUUCAGAUGCUACCACACCAGUCCCCCGAGUAAGGACAGACUAUAUAGUCCGGCCUAGCACUGGAGAAGAGAAACGUGUUUUCCAGGAACAGGAGCGUUAUCGAUACAGCCAACCUCAUAAAGCUUUCACUUUCUGUAUGCAUGGCUUUGAAUCCGUGGUGGGCCCUGUGAAAGGAGUGUUUGAUAAGGAAACAUCUCUAAACAAACCCCGGGAACAUUCUUUGUUGCGAUCAGAUCGACCUGCAUAUGUCACCAUAUUGUCUCUUGUUCGAGAUGCUGCAGCCCGUCUUCCAAAUGGAGAGGGGACUCGUGCUGAAAUUUGCGAGCUUCUGAAGGACUCCCAGUUUCUUGCUCCUGAUGUCACCAGUGCUCAGGUUAACACUGUGGUGAGUGGUGCUUUAGAUCGAUUGCACUAUGAGAAAGACCCCUGUGUAAAAUACGAUAUUGGUCGCAAACUAUGGAUAUAUCUCCACCGAGACAGGAGUGAAGAGGAGUUUGAGCGGAUUCAUCAGGCCCAGGCAGCUGCAGCAAAGGCCAAGAAAGCGCUUCAGCAAAAGCCGAAGCCUCCUGCAAAGACAAAAUCAAGCACCAAGGAGAAUUCAGCGAAAGUGGGGACCACCAGCACUUCAGAGCCCAGCCAGCUGAGCGUUAGUGACUCCAGCAUGCCGCCAACCCCCAUCACUCCGACGCCUGCCUCGCUCCCUUUGCCAACAAUGCCCAUUUCGCCCCCUCCUGUCUCUGUGGUUAGCAAGACUUUGUCUUGUGUUGCAACAGAGCCAGCAAAAUCCAACCAGAGCAUCCUUUUGGUAUCUUCUCCUACCAUGCCCCAGCUUGGUACGUUGCUCUCGACCCCACAGAGCACUCAGGCACAGCCGGGAACUCCGUUGUCUACCCCACGGACAGCUAGCCACACUACUUCCUCAGGUCUUCCUCAAGUCCGAGUAGUUACAGCUCAGUCUAGCCUUCCCCCUCUGUCUCAGCCAGCCCAGGUGGUAGCACAACAGCAGCUCUCUCUAGCAUCCAUACCUCAGAUCCGGGUUCCUUCCACUUCUGUGCAAAGCAAAGUAUUCUCUCAGGCCGUCAUGACUGUUCCAGUCAAAGCUCAGACCAGCCCAGUCCAAGUGCAGAGGACAACUGUUGCUGUAACUGGAGCAGCCAGUGUCACUGGGACAGGAAUUCCUGCAACACCUAUUCCCACCCCCAAGCCAGCAACUAGUUCUUCAAACACUGCAGCGUCCAACCCUUCCACUACUCCAUUCUCCUCCUCCUCCUCUUUAUCAUCUUCCUCUUCAUCCACCACUGUCCUCCAGAACAUUGCUGGCCAAAAUAUCAUUAAACAGGUGUCUAUUACUGGACAGCUAGGCAUGAAAAGCCAGACGGGGAGCAGCCUCCCACUUACAACAUCCAACUUCCGUAUUCAAGGCAAGGAUGUUCUGCGUCUGCCUCCAUCCUCCAUCACCACAGAUGCCAAGGGGCAGACAGUUCUCCGCAUCACACCGGACAUGAUGGCCACCUUGGCCAAAUCUCAAGUCACUACUGUCAAGCUGACUCAAGACCUCUUCAGCACGGCUGCUGCUGCUGGAAGCACCACGUCCCUUCCCGUAGACGCGGUGAAACGCACACUGCAGUUCGGGGUAGGUUAGGAGCCUGAGAGGGCGGUUCUAGUCGUGGGGGUGGAGGCGAAGUCGGCCAGGGCGACCUGGUUGGCACCAGUUUCACUGUGGAUGGCAGACCAGAAGGGCAAAGCCUUGACCACGAUGGCAUCGUCGGAAGCCAAACCAGCGGCCACCAUAAGGAUUGUGCAGGGCAUGGGGGUGAUGCCUCCCAAGCCUGGCCAGACAAUUACAGUGGCCACUCAUGCCAAGCAGAUGCCUUCUUCAGUCAGCAUACCUGGAACUGUGCACACCUCGGCUGUUUCUCUGCCCACCAUGACGGCUUCGGUCUCCAAGGCAGUUGCUGUGGUGUCAGCAGCAGGAACACCCAUAUCUAUAGGAGCAGGGACCUCCGCUGUGCGGCAGAUCCCCGUGAGCACCACAGUGGUAUCCGCCUCCCAGCCAGGGAAACUGCCUGCCCGAAUCACCGUGCCCCUCUCGGUCAUCAGCCAGCCCAUGAAAGGCAAGAACGUCGUGACUGCGCCUCUCCUCAAAGGCAACCUUGGGGCCAACAUUAGCGGCUUGGGGCGAAACAUCAUCCUUACCACGAUGCCAGCUGGAACAAAACUGAUUGCUGGGAACAAACCAGUGAGCUUCCUGACUGCCCAGCAGUUGCAGCAGCUGCAGCAACAAGGCCAGGCUGCCCAGGUGCGGAUUCAAACAGUUCCAGCCUCCCAUCUCCAGCAGGGAACCGUCUCUGGCUCUACAAAAGCCGUGUCCACCGUAGUUGUCACAGCAGCCCCAUCUCCAAAACAGACACAGGAUCAGCCAUGAAAGUGUCAGCACAAUUAUAUAUAUAUAUAUAUUUUCAACAAACUCUGUAGUUCUUUUGUGCCAUUUUCACCUGAGGGAUGCCUUGUCUUGGCGAUGUGCAGGUUGGUUCCCGAUAUACUAGAAGCAGCUCCGAUGUUCUCUUGGAUUCUGAACAGGCUGAUACGUGCACAGCUAGUGUAGCAGGCUAGUGAAAUCCGCUUUGAGUUUUGGAUGAUGAGGAGUCCCUUUCAAUUAUUGGCCUGUGUUGGUGGGAAAGUACGUUUCUAUAAGGGUUCCUGAAUCAGACAAGAAGAAAGGGAAUGUUGGAAGUAUUGGACACUGGAGUGGACUUUCUGCAAUCUGGAUUUUUGUUUUUUUGUUCCCAAUGCUUUUGUCGGUUCUGUGUAUUUUAUGACUGUUUUUUUUUUGAGAUCUGAGGCCACUUCUGGUGCUUCUCUCACCUGCACCAGGUUGCACAAGAAAAAUCUCAUACAUAGAUGAGCUAGUUGUGAAUAAAGCCGAGAGUCAAAUUCUUCUUUAGUUCCCUCUACCCCAUUUUGAAAAUGUUGGUGGCCUUAAUGGGACAGGAAAAUCGCUUCUUGAAAUCACAGGGGAAGCCAACUUCACUCCAGA